AUGGGAGUUUGUAUAAGUAAAAUUGAAUAAACUCAACCUGAGAUAACAAUGGAUUCUAUGCCUAUAGGAUAAGGAUAAAAAGGGAAUUAUUCAAUGAAUAGUUUACCUGCAGAAGUAUGAAAUAUAAGUAAAUAAAAAGCCAAGAAGAGGGGAUAAGAAACGUUAAGCUAAAAUAGAAGUGGUAGAAGAGUAAAUACAUGAGAAUGUAGUAAAAUAAUAGAAAGAAAAAAGUCCUUUUGAUUUUUAGAUGAUUUUAAAUGCAUUUGGAAACCAUUUUUUGUUUGCUCAACUUAAUAAUGAUGAUAAGUAAAGUAAUGAAAUAAAAAGUAGAUCAAAACUAAUUGAUGAGAUGUAUUAUGUAACAACAAGAAACGCAGAUUACAUUUUUAAAUAGGGGGAUAAAGCAACAUUAUUUUUUAUAAUUGGUAGAUUUUGAAGAUUAAUAAGGAAGAAAGAGGAGAUUGUAAAAUCAUCAUAAAUGAAGAAGUGAAGAGAGUAUUGAAAAAAUCAGAAUAUUUUGGUGAAUUAGCAUUAAUGUAUCAUGCUCCACGAUCAGCAUCAGUAUAAGCAAUAGGAGAUUGUGGAUUUUGGGUAUUGGAAAGAAAGAAAUUUAGAAAGGCAGUUGAAGAUAUUUAACAAAAAGCAUAUGAAAUAAAUAGAAAAUUUUUAGAUUAAGUGAAAUUUUUUGGUAUAGAAUUGUUGAUUAUAAAUAAUUUAGAUUUUAUGACAGAAGAAUAAAGAGAUAAUAUAGCUAAUGUGUUAAUAACAUUAAAAUUUAAAUAGGGUGAAAUAAUAGUGAAUGAAGGAGAUAUGGCAAACUCAUUUUAUAUAAUAUAGAAAGGAAUAGUUGAAGUAACUAAAUAGGGAUAGUUUUUGAGAUAUAUGAAUUAAGGUGAUUCUUUUGGUGAAUAAGCAUUAUUUGGAAAUUGUGUAAGAGGAGCAACUGUAAAAGCAAAUGAUUAAGAUGUUAAUUUAUUAUCUUUAAGUAGAGAAGAUAUAACAACUAUUUUAGGUGAAAAGAUUCAGGUACAAUAAUUGUAUCUAUAUAGUUGAUAGUUAAUCAUUUAUACAAAUAUGCAGAAAUGGGCAUUUGA